CCGUAAUUGCCAGCUGAGGAAGCAUGCAAAUGAAUUCCGACUUGAUUCCGACAUGCCACUGUCUGGACACUGCCAAUACUGCAUGAUGUAGGAUACGGUAAACCGUCAAACAAUCUUCCAACUCUUUCCGCAAUGUCUAGUUGCAAAAUCAGGAAUAUCUGCCAGGUGGCAGGGCCGCUCUGAAGCAAAGCAGCCUGCACGUCGUCCAGGGACCAGGACCAAGGUCUGAGCACACAAGGUUGGAGGGGAAGGACGCCACAGCCUGAGGCGCAGGCACGGAGUAGGAGAGACCGAAGACCUUUUGAAUUGCCUUUCCAGCUUUUUGGGGAAGCAUGGCGGCAACAGCCUCCUUGGUUGGUGCGCAGGCUGGGGCUGGGUUGUUUUGCAACCAGGGCAUCCGAGCUGGCGGUGGAAGUCAGGCGCAGCUGCUCGCAGGGAGGCCAGUGUCGGUUGUUCCUUUCGGAGCCCAGCGCCUGCGCCAAAGACCUGCCACCCGCCACUUUCAAGUCCGGGCAGGUUUCUUCGGAAAGAAGGAGGGCGAGGGCGAGGAGCCAAGCCAGCAGAAGGCGGGUAUGUUUGGGAACAUGCAGGGCCUGAUCGAAACUGUGCGGAAAGCGCAGCAGGUGGUGCAGGUGGAGGCAGUCAAGGUGCAGAAAGAAUUGGCGCAGUCCGAAUUUGACGGGUAUUCUUCAGAUGAGCUUGUAAAGGCCGUCAUGACGGGCAACCAAGAGCCCCGGCGAACGGAGAUUACGGAAGCGGCCAUGGAGCUGGGGGCUGACCGGGUAGCGGAACUCGUAACGGAAGCUUACAUUGACGCUCACACAAAGAGCGUGCAGGCAAUGAAGGAGCGUAUGAAGGACCUAGCCGCCAGCCUAGGCAUGCCACCAGGUGGUGGUCUGCCAGGAUUGGGAGGCCCAGGCACCUGACGAGGUGGUGCCUCAAUUUUAGAAGAAUCGAUUGUUCUCUUUUCAGCGACAAUGAAACGUUUUAAUCUGAGUGAAUCUGACGUAAACAAUUUUCCAUGUAAUAUUUGAGAGGUUAAUCAAGUUGAAAUUGAAUCAGUUUGUGUCCCGAUUGGCAUGUGAGCACUUGCACUGGGUAUGUUUAGCCAUGCCUCUUGUAUCUUUGAUCUGAAUCUGGCCGGGUACCACCUUCUCUGAGAUGAACUAACUGUGUGCAAUAUAGGGGGUGCUUGCCGUUGAAUUCAGUCGGAGUCAGAUUGCGAACGUAAUGUGUAAGUGGUAGCUGUUCAUGUCCGAUUGGCUCUCAUCGACUUCCCAUG